GCUCCCUCGGUGUUUCUCAUCUCGCACAUCACCAGUCACACGUUCAUUUCCGCGCAACGAAGCAAAGACAGGAACCCUAGCAUAAUCUGGGCACGAUCGCUUGAGUGUGGUACCACGACGGACAGCAAGAAGGGCUACAUCGCUUCAGGAUUCCCGAAGCUAGUAGCAGAGUGCGCGCCGGGGGUGGUUAAUAUUGAAGUCUUUCCAACCGAGGGGCACGCGCGAUGGGUUCAGGCGGAGCCGCAGCGUGGGUGGAAAGUCCGCUGGCACUCGUGUUUGCCGUGUGCGCAUCUGUGCUGGCGUUGGCGCUCGGCAGCCGAAACAUGCUGCUGCACGCGCGCAACUACAACUUCCCUCGGACGCAGAAGUACAUAUUCCGCAUUCUCAUCGUGGUCCCGGUGUACGCCAUCUGUUCGUGCAUCGCCAUCAUCGGCUCCACAGGUGACGUGGUUGUGGUAGCCUUGAUCGUUCGCGACUGCUACGAAGCUUUCGUCGUGUACUCUUUUCUUACCCUCAUCCUCGAGCACGCGGGGGGCGACUACAACUGCAUCGAGCAGAUCAAGCACCUACCACCGGUGCCGCACCCUUUCCCACUGUGCUGCUUGGCUCGCGUGCGUCGGGACGGCACCCUCCUCCGCCUGUCGAAGCAAUCGACCCUGCAAUUCGUGGUGGUGAAGCCGACCAUGGCCAUCCUUAGUCUCCUCGCCCUCGCGCUUGGGCAGUACUACUCCGACUCGUUCCAGGUAACCCUUCUGGUGGUGUACAACUCCAGCUACAGCGUGGCGCUCUACGGUUUGCUUAUGUUCUACAGGGCGUGCGGGCCCCUACUGGCGCCGUUCAGGCCUGUUCAGAAGUUUUUUGCUGUGAAGAGCAUCAUCUUCGCUACCUACUGGCAGAGUGUCGUCGUGUACUUCAUUCCCGGGCUAUCCUCGGAGCAAAUCCUCUUGUGGAACGACUGGUUAAUCUGCAUGGAGCUGGUGGCGUUUGCCCUGCUGCUGAACGCAGCGUUCCCGUGGCACGAUUUUAUCAUGGAGCACCACGACAAGCCGGUGCUUGAAAACGUCCGGGAGAUGAUCAACGUCAGGGACGUCUUCCAAGACGCGUACCACAGCUUCAUGCCGUCCUACCAAGACUACGUGGUGGCCAGGGACGACCUCGACCCCAACACGCCCGUCGCAGGCGGGGGGGGAGGGGUCGCACGCCCUGCGGGGGGUAGCGGCGGGAAGAAGGAGUCGCGGGUGGUUCGCACUCGGACGUUCCUUAUCGGCAACCUGGACAGGGGGAACAUGAGCAAGCCGACCCUGUCGACUGACGGGACUCAGUCGACCGACGAGAGCGAUAACCCCGCAGCCGGCGGCGGCAGCCACCCCGCUAACGGUGGUCGGGGUAGGCUAUCUGUCGACGAUGAGGACUUGGAGGGAGGCCUGGACGAGGACUGGGGGCACGACGUGAAUGUCAUCGAGCUGCAGAACAGAUUACCGGACACAAGCAGCAGCAGAGGGGGGGGCAAAAGCAAGCCCAAGUCAAAGCGGAGUAAAGGAGCGGCAGCGGCGGCAGCAGAGGUGGAAGCGGCGGCGGCGGCGGCGGCGGCGGCGCAAGAAGGGACAGCAGCGGCGGCGGCGGCCCCAAGUGGCACUGCUGUAAGCCAAGGCGUAGCUGGGGUGGCCGUUUGAAUGCAUCAACGGCAAUUCAGCAGUAUAGCCUUUGGAAUGGUUGCAGGGAGGCCAAGCAUCCUUCAGAGGUACACAGUGUAGACGUAAGUGAUGACACGCUGGUUGAGCGGGUUGACAGGUAACGGGUUGUCAUCUUGUUUUGCUCCUAUUGAGUGCAUAUUUUGUGCCGUUGGCCAACUGUCGGUCGGGGUAUGCCGGGUACAUAUUUACUAUUAUAUGCAUGAAGUAGGUGGUUCCGAUCUAGAUUUUUAUGUGGGGGCGUUGUAGCGUAGUGUGUGUGUGUGUGUGUGUUUGAGAGAGGGGUUAUCAGCCAGUUUAUCCUAGUGUUUAGUGUUUUCCUUGUAUGGGGAAGGUGCCACGCCGACAGGGCGAACACCCGUACAAGCGUUGCUGUGUCCGUAUGGUAUGGCAGAGUACAGCUGGAUUUACAGGUUGAGAGUGAAGUGAUGUAUGUUGGGAAUUUGUCAGGUGAACAGCACCUCGUAGCCUCUUGUGUACACGCAAAGGUGGAGAUGUCAAAACCGAAAACGAGUUGAGUGUCAUUACUUCAAUACUGACUCGGGGUCGCCGUUGGAACUUUUCCCUAGGAACCAGACUGGGGUCUAGUUGGUUGUCCACCCGUUACCCGGACAUUUGGUAUACCAGUACGAUUCAGUACCACACCAUACUAUAUACCGGGGUAUAUAUACAGGAUACCGGCAAAGUUGUUUUAGAUGGUAGGACAACACCCGUACAGACAUCUUUGGAGCGCCGCCAAAAGUACUUUGGUGUAUCCUUGAGGCUGAAGGGGCUACAAUAUGAUCUAGGCCAGGUGUUUGACAAUUGGCAACGCCUACCUUCAGGUGGAUGCUUUUUUCCUUUGGCAAGUCGUACCAACGUUGAUCCAGCCCACUGCUGCUGCUGCUGCGGUCCUACAGUAUCACCAGGCACCAAGCAAGCGGCAAGGGCAACGCUUCACGUCCACUGGCGUAGUAUGUAGUCGAGCCUACCGGUGUGCUGCAUUUCGGUGUUGCUGUGUGAUUGAGUCUGUGUUGUAAUCUAGUACAGAGGGGGUUUGUUUUACCGCCGUGUAAUCUAGAGGUGAUACGUAGAAAGACUUGAGAAUUUGAACCGAAGAAUGAACAAAAGGACUGUUCGAAAAUCGCUUCUAGAU